AUGUAUUCCUUUUUAUUUCUGAGGCUCAUUGGACUCGGAGUUAUUGCUCUGUCAGCAGCAGCCAAAUCAGUCAGAUCAUGCAACGAUAUAACCCCUCCGAAUGUACCAGGUGCCACGAUCAGAUCCAUCAAAAGUCGAAUUUAUCGCGGCCACUCAGUUCCUGCACUUUCCCCAACACUACUUCAAGAAGUCACACAUUUAAACAUCUGUGAAGUAAAUGUCACUCUAUCUCAUUGGAACGAAGACGAUACAGUUCUCGUGCAGAUUUGGCUGCCUCUUGACAACUGGAACUUCCGUUAUCUCGCUAUUGGGGGCGGUGCUUGGGCAGCUGGGCUGGGUCAAUUUGAUCUUGCCCUCCCUGCUUCUCAAGGCUACGCUGUCUCUUCCACCAAUGCUGGUAUCAGUGGGAAUCCAAUCGAUCCGUCAGACUGGGCCUUGAAGCCUGAUGGCACUGUCGAUUAUGGCCUUCUCCAAAACUUUGCUUCACGAUCUGUCCAUGACAUGGCACUUGUUGGCAAGGCAGUUGCAGCGUCUUUCUACAAGGUCCCGGCGACGAAGGCAUACUUCAAUGGCUGCUCUACUGGGGGCCGUCAAGGCUUGGCGGCAGCACAGCAUUAUCCAAGCGAUUUUGAUGGGAUUCUGGCUGGAGCUCCCGCCAUCUACUGGUCGGAGUAUGUCAUGACAGAACUUUGGCCUCAAGUUGUCAUGAAAGACGCGAACUAUUAUCCAUCGACUUGCGAGUUGGAUGCUUUUGUAUCAGCAGCCGUGGAAUCUUGCGACGGAAAGGAUGUAGUAGUGGAUGGCGUGGUUACAGAGCCGUUUACGUGCAAGUACGACCCCUUCGCCCUUUUCGACCAGAGAAUUGAGUGUGGCAAUGAGAGCAUAGUGAUUAGCAAACUUGCGGCAUCAAUCGUGAAUAAGAUAUGGAGAGGUCCGACCGACUCAAAAGGCAACGCCCUAUGGUAUGGAAUGCCCAGAGGUGCAUCGCUUACCGCUUUGGCUGCUACUAAGACAGUGAAUGGCACAAUCACUGGUGCGCCAUUCUUUGUAGCUGAUACAUGGGUUCGCAACUUCGUCAAGGCGGACCCAAGCUUUGACACAUCGGAACUCAGUAUCUCUGACUUCGAAAAACUGUUUUCAGAGUCCCGAGCUAAGUUUGGUCAUAUCAUGGAUUCAUCAGAUCCCAAUCUCCAUCGAUUCAGGACAGCGGGCGGAAAAAUGAUUAUUUGGCAUGGCCUGAGCGAUCAGUUGAUUUAUCCUCAGGAUAGCAUCCGAUACCUGACAGAGGUUGAGAAGAAGUUCAAGUCCAAGGGAAAAAACCCCUUUGGGGCCCUGCUAGCCUGGGUGGAAGACGAGAAACCUCCUCAUACACUGGAAGCACAUACGAAGCCAGACGCAUUGACCCAGUUCUCAAGAAAGAUAUGUCUUUAUCCUGAAAUGGCAAAAUACAAGGGUAGGGGAAACACGAGCUUCUCCAAGAACUAUAUUUGCGCCACUCCUUGGAGGCAUUGA